GCGUGGACUCGUCCUCCGAGGGAGGCCCAUGCGCACCGUCUCAAGCUGCAGUUCCGUGGACCCCCUUCACUGCGCCUUGGGUGGUGGCAGUCGGUGUGGCAACUCUACCAGCUCCUAGCAUGCCUCGUGGUCAGCGCCGUGAGCAAGGCCCUCGUCAUCCCAUUUGGGCAGCAGCAAAUUACACCAACACACACCCUUGGCAGCUGGUGGACUAGGCUUCUAAUGGGGUCGCCUACACCCAACUUGUGGAUCCUUGGAUUGAGCAGCCCUGCUGCAGGGACUCCGUGUGCUUGCGCACAGCCACGGAGCAGAAGAAUGUGGCGAGCACUGCCCCUGGUGGUGAGCCUACAGAGAGGGGCUUUCCUGCUACAUGCCUGCCCAUGCUGCAACCCCAGGAUGGACUUCACUGGGUGCUGGGCUCUGACCCAGGCACCUUUGACAGCUCCCCGCUGCUGGACUGCUUUCUGGCCCAGCCAGGAGAUGACAUGUCCUUCCACUUGGAGCACUACCAGGAUAGCCUCAGCUGAGUCUGUGAUGCUCUUGGGUGCCUGACAGACUGGGCCUGGGCCGUGCCCUACCUCAGCAGGGACCUGCUUAUGCCUGACGAUUAUGAGCUCUUCUGCUGGGAUCUUGAGGAGGCGAUCCAAGACCCGCACAGUUUUGCAGAGUACCAUGCUGCAGUGCCCUGACCCCUACCCCCCCUGGCCUCGAGCCAGCUGCCAGUGGCCCCGCAUCUACCUGUGGUAAGGCAGUUAGCUUGGUUCUUGGAAGCGCUGGCUUUCAACAUAGGUGCUUCUCCUGGGCCUGUCCCAGCCACUCUGACCACCACUUCUGUUUCCGGUUCUAACUCAACAUCCAGAAAUGCUCCACCUGAGUAGCAGCUGGCCAAGGAAAACAGGCCUGAGGCGCACCCUGCCUUGUGUGAUUCUGCAGGUGGCACUGAUCCCAUUCCUGUGGGGCCCACCUCCCAGCUAGACGAGGUGGCCCCCAGGCCUGCCCCUGUACUUCCAGAAUCUGCUAAGCCCCCUGCACAGAAUACAGAUCACCCGGAGGGUCCAGCACCCAGAACAGAGGAGGUUUCUGAGAGCAGGGAGGCCUCCUUAGGUUCCCCACAAGAGGCAGUGGAGGCUCUGGAGAUCCCAGUAGAGCCAUUGUUAUCUACUGUUCCCAAACCAGCAGCCCUGGACUCUGAACAUGGCCCAGGCAGGUGCAGCACUAGCCCUCAAGAUAAAAUGGUCUACUUAGCCAAGGAGCCCCAUGGUCCUCAGUUAGGACAAAGUGACAUUGCCAUAUAACUCCAGACAACUGAAAGGAGCCCAGUGCUGCUGGGGUGUUGUCCUAUCUGCUGGCCCUGCUCCUGGGUGAGGAGUAGCACUUGUUUUGAGCCCUACCCUGUCUGAGCACAAACAUCCCCCACUCCCCCGGCCGCAGAACAUUGGCCUGUGCCCUAGCCUUCACUUCCCCAACAGUUCAAGGGGCCAUCUCCCACUGGGUUCUUAGCUAUAUACCCACACCUCACCUGGCAGUGCCAUCUCACCCAGGCUAUUCCUCCUAGUUGGACAGAGUUCUUUAGAUCGGUUCCCAUCAGAUGUUUGCACCAUCCCUUGCCCCCUGCAAACUGGACCCUCUCUAUGCUUUUCAACACGGGGAGGCACUGACCUGGGGCUGCCCAGCUUGCCCUGUUUGCAUCUACUCUCUUCCCUUUCUCUGCUCCCUGUGAUCUCUGUCCUCUUGGCUGGAAUUUAAGAAGCCCUCAUGGAGGAAAUGGCCACUUUGAUUCUUUAAUAUGAAUAGGAUGGCAUCUUGGCAGAGAAAGAUGAGUCCCUGGGGGCUUAUCAGCAGCAUAGGCCAGUUGGGAUGUCCGAAGCCCCCUUGCCAAGCUCACUACAGGUAAUUUCUCCUCCUGUGUUACUUAACAUUCUGGAAUUCUGGUGGCGCUGUGGUUAAGAGUUAUGGCUGCUAACCAACAGGUUGGCAGUUCGAAUCCACCAGCCACUCCUUGGAAACCCCACAGGGCAAUUGUACUCUGUUUUAUUUCUAUAUGUUUUAUUUUAUUUUAUUUUGGAAUCGACUUGAUGGCAACAGGUUUUGGUUUGGAUGUUUAACAUCCUAGUCACAGCUGGUGGCGUAAUGGUUAAGCGUUUGGCUGCUAACCAAAAGGUUUGCAGUUCAAAUCCACCAGAUGCACCUUGGAAACCCUAUGGGGGAGUUCUACUGUGCUCUGUAGUGUCACUAUGAGUUGGAAUUAACUCGAUGGCAACAGUUUUUGGUUUGGAUAUUUAACAUCCUAGUCACAGCUGGUGGCAUAGUGAUUAAGGGUUUGGCUGCUAACCAAAAGAUCAGCAGUUCAAAUCCACCCCGUGCUUCUUCGAAACCCUAUGGCGCAGUUCUGUUCUGUCCUACAGGGUCGCUGUGAGUCGGAAUGGACUCAGUGGCGACGGGUUUGGUUUUUUGUUUUAGUCAUAGCUGGCUUUCUUCUGAAGUUGACAUGGUUUUUUAUGUCUCAAUGCCUUUGCACGUGCUGUUGUGCUGCCUCCCCACCUGCUGUUUAGCAAUCCUUGUCCUCGCCUGUGUACUCUCUUGCACAUUGCUGGUUCAGCACUGAAAACCCUAAUAAUGUAAAUACUUGUGUCUCCCUGGUAGACUGUGAGCCUCUAGGGCAGGGCUCAUCUUAGCUUUGUGUCGUUGGUACACAAUUGGUGCUCAUUAAAUGUGAUGGAUCGA